UCCCAGCGUGCAACAGGACGGCGGAGGCAGCCAACCGGCGGUCGCUGAUUGGCGCCAUUUCCGUGGAGGGGGACGGCGGUAAGGCCUGUGAUCAUGGCGUUGUUCCCAGCCUUUGCGGGCGUUGACGAGGCUCCCGGUAGCGGGGGCUCUAGGAAAGAAUUGGACUGGCUGAGCAACCCCAGCUUCUGUGUUGGAGCGAUAACAUCGUUGAACCAAGAAGCCAAGGAGGCCGCAGCCCUUGUUUCCAGAGGCUCCGCACUGACAAGGAGUCCUCUGAAAUCAGAGCCAUCAGAUGAGAGUGACCCUCACAUAAAGCUUGCACAAGUAAGCAGGAAAAAGAAGAAGGAGAAAAAGAAAAAAAGGAAGCAUCAGCACUACAAGAAGACGAAGAGGAAACAUGGGCAGUCGGAUAGCAGUGACUCCGAGCCAGAUACUGACUCUGGAAAGGACGGCUCGAACAGAGGCGUCAGGGGUAGUCAGAGGGAAUCUGAGAAAGCCAGUCAAGGAAGUAAUGCUGCCGCUGAUGCUGGACAUCACUCUAUUUGGCUUGAGGACAUCCAGACUGUGACAGGAGAGCUCUUUAGGACAGAUAAGAAACCAGAUCCCGCGAACUGGGAGUAUAAGUCUCUUUACAGAGGGGACAUAGCAAGAUAUAAAAGGAAAGGAGACUCCUGCCUGGGCAUUAACCCUAAGAAGCAGUGUGUGUCUUGGGAAGGGGUUUCCACGGCCAAGAAGCAGCCACGCAAGCACACUGAACGCUAUUUUACGAAGAAGAGUGUGGGAUUAAUGAACAUUGAUGGCAUCGCUGUUACCAGUAAAACAGAGCCUCCUUCCUCGGAGCCAGUCUCGUUUAUCCCGGUGAAGGACUCAGAAGAUGUCGCUGCUCCUGUAACCAGCUGGUUGAAUCCGCUGGGCAUUUAUGAUCAGUCAACCACACAGUGGUUACAAGGACAGGGUCCUUCAGAGCCAGAAUCAAAGCAGCCAGAUUCCCAGGCAGACAGAGAGAGCGCUGUUCUCAAGGCCAAGGUGGAGGAGUUUAACAGGAAGGUUCGGGAGAAUCCUCGGGAUAUUCAGCUGUGGAUGGCAUUUGUGGCUUUUCAGGACGAGGUCAUGAAGAGCCCCGGCCUGUACGCCAUGGAGGAGGGAGAGCAGGAGAAGCGGAAGAAGUCCCUGAAGCUCGUCCUGGAGAAGAAGCUGGCCAUCCUGGAGCGGGCCGUGGAGAGUAACCCGAGCAGCGUGGAGCUGAAGCUGGCCAAGCUGAAGCUGUGCGCCGAGUUCUGGGAGCCUCCCAUGCUGGUCAAGGAGUGGCAGAAGCUGAUCUUUCUGCAUCCCAACAACACCGUCCUGUGGCAGAAGUACCUUUUGUUUUGCCAGAGCCAGUUUAGCACCUUCUCCAUUUCGAAGAUCCACGCCCUUUAUGGAAAGUGCUUGAGCACGCUGUCUGCGGUGAGGGACGGCAGCAUCCUGUCGCACCCUGCCUUGCCCGGCACAGAAGAGGCCAUGUUUGCACUCUUUCUUCAGCAGUGCCAUUUUCUGCGGCAGGCCGGCCACUCGGAGAAGGCCGUCUCUUUGUUCCAGGCCAUGAUUGAUUUUACCUUCUUCAAACCUGACAGCGUGAAAGAUCUUCCUACCAAAGUACAGGUGGAAUUCUUUGAGCCCUUCUGGGAUAGCGGAGAGCCGCGGCCUGGGGAGAAGGGCGCCCGGGGCUGGCGGGCGUGGAUGCACCAGCAGGAGCGGGGCGGCUGGGUGGUCAUCAACCCAGAUGAGGAUGAGGAUGAACCAGAAGAGGACGAACAGGAGAUAAGAGACAAAACUCUGCCCAGGUGGCAGAUCUGGCUUGCUGCUGAGCGUUCCCGAGACCAGAGGCACUGGAGGCCCUGGCGCCCUGAUAAGACGAAGAAGCAAACCGAAGAAGACUGUGAGGAUCCCGAGAGACAGGUGUUGUUUGAUGACAUUGGACAAUCCCUGAUCAGACUGGCCAGCGAAGACCUGCGGUUCCAGCUGAUUGAGGCCUUUCUGCAGUUUUUGGGUGUGCCCUCCGGUGCCGUCCCUCCAGCCGCCUGCCUUUACCUGGCCAUGGAUGAGAACAGCAUCUUUGAUAACAGACUCUAUGAGGAAAAGCCCUUGACUUUUUUCAGCCCUUCGUUUUCUGGCGUCAGCUGUGUCGGCCACAUGGAGCGGUUGGGCUGUCCUCGCUGGUCCAGGGGUCACAGUCGAGAGGGCGAGGAGUUCAUCCGCAACAUCUUCCACCUUGUGAUGCCUGUAUUUUCAGGCAAGCAGAAGUCUCAGCUCUGCUCCUCCUGGUUACGGUAUGAGACUGCAAAGGUUAUAUGGUGUCUACACACUAAAAACAAGAAGAGGUUAAAGUCCCAGGGGAAGAACUGCAAAAAACUAGCCAAGAAUCUCCUUAAGGAGCCAGAAAACCGCAACAAUUUUUGUCUCUGGAAGCAGUAUGCACAUCUGGAGUGGUUGCUAGGCAACAUAGAGGAUGCCAGAAAAGUUUUUGAUACAGCGGUCAGCAUGGCAGGCAGCAGUGAGCUGAAAGACCGGGAGCUGUGCGAACUCAGUCUGCUCUAUGCUGAGCUGGAGGUAGAGCUGUUGCAGGACUUGCGAGGGGCCGCCACAGGCCGGGCUGUUCACAUACUGACCAGGCUGACCGAGAGCACUUCCUACGGCCCCUACACCGGGCAGGUCUUGGGCACUCAGGUUCUGAAAGCUCGGAAGGCUUAUGAGCACGCACUACAGGACUGUCUGGGUGAGAACUGUGUCUCUGGUGCGGCUGCUGCUGACUCCUUGGACUGCCUGAGUAGCUUGGUGAAAUGCUUUAUGCUCUUCCAGUAUUUGACCGUAGGGAUUGACGCUGCUGUGCGGAUAUAUGAGCAGCUUUUCAUCAAACUGAAGGGCUUCGUUGUCCCAGAAGGCCCUGGCCUGGAGGACGGUGCCAGCUCCCAGAGUUGGAGCAGUGUUCUGGAAGCUGUCACCCUGAUGCACACAAGUCUGCUGAGAUUCCACAUGAAAGUUAGUGUUCAUCCUCUGAGUCCGCUGCGGGAGGCGCUCUCGGAGGCUUUAAAGCUGUAUCCAGGCAACCAGGUUCUUUGGUGGUCAUACGUACAGAUUCAAAAUAAGUCCCACAGUGCUAGCAAGACCAGAAGGUUUUUUGAUUCCCUCACCAGGUCUGCCAAACCCUUGGAGCCUUGGUUGUUUGCAAUUGAAGCUGAGAAAAUGAGGAAAAGACUGGUGGAAACUGUUCAGAGGGUAGAUGGCAGAGAGGUCCAUGCCACCAUCCCCGAGACUGGCUUAACACAUCGGAUCAAAGCCCUGUUUGAAAAUGCAAUGCGGAGUGACAGUGGCAGCCAGUGCCCCUUACUAUGGAGGAUGUAUUUGAAUUUCCUGGUUUCCUUAGGAAACAAAGAAAGAAGCAAAGGCGUGUUCUACAAAGCACUUCAGAACUGUCCUUGGGCAAAGGUGUUGUACCUGGAUGCUGUGGAGUACUUUCCCGACCAGCUGCAGGAGAUCCUGGAUCUGAUGACCGAGAAGGAGCUCCGCGUGCGCCUGCCCCUGGAGGAGCUGGAGCUCCUGCUGGAGGACUAGGGCGCCAGGCGUGUGUGCGCUCUUUCCCAGGCAUUUCCUCCAGCACCGGUGUGGGACAUGUGCACCACACAGAGGCUGUUGUUUACACAUUAUAUAUGUGACUCUGCGAACAAAGACGAAGACUCGUGUUGAUGGAUAAUGAAACCUUUAGUGAUUGAGGGGUGUGCAGCUUCCUGUUCCUCUGCUCCUCCGCCCAGCCAGCGUAGCCCGUCCUGGUGCAGCCUCUUCAGGCAUGCUCGGGAGGUCCUGCUGAGUCAGAAGCCGCCCUCUGCCCAAGCCCAGGUGCUUAUGGGUCAGCAGAGCGCGGGAAGUGCUACCCAGAGCAUGAGCACCCCUCUGCAGGAAGCGUGUUAUUGACCCCAGCCCAGAGUGUGACAUCCACGACCACCACCUUCCCCCAGCCAAGCCGUGCAUGUCCGGGUGCUCCUUGGACUCUCCUGCUGAGAGGAGAAGUGGGCACAUUCUGGUUUGUGUCUGAGCUGUGGAUGAUGAAGAGAUCUGCAGUGCUGCAGAGACCUGCAGUGCAGUCAUUUCCAAGGUUAACAGGACGGGGACAGGGGCUCGCCUGCGUUCCUGAGCUUGCUGCCAAGUGGGUAGCUGCUCUCUGGCUCUGUCGGUUUUUCUUAAUCCUUAUCCAUGGAGCCACCAAAGACUUGGAUUUCUUUACCACCUCAUCCAGAAGCCAGUGCUGUGGAACAUAAUUUUGGGAAGAAAUUGAUGGACAUAGUUGGGGAAAAAAGAAGAGAGGCAAUAGCUGGGGGUUUAGCUUAGCAGCCUAAGUGCCUGCUUGGCAAACGCGAGGUCAUGAGUUCGAUCCCCAGUACCAAAAAAAAAAGUUUACACAUUAAAAAAAAAAAAAAAAUAAGAGAGGCAAAGGAACUACAGCGCUUUCUAGGGCAGUGUCUUAACACACAGAAGAACGCUGGCCAGCCGGCCCUGUCUCUGCCCAUGCUGCAGACUGCUGUGUGGCGGCUUCUCUGCUGCCUCACAUGAGCUGAGAGCUGGAUGCUGUGAUGGGCAGGACUGUGGGGACUCGGGCUGUACGGAAAUGAGAGAGAACAGAGCUUUCCGGGCUGCCCACGAGGAGAACGUUGCCACCCUCGCCUGUGUGUGCAGGCAGAAGCCCAGGACCAAGCUGCGUCCAUAUGAAUGCCCUGGUCCCCUGCUGCUUCCACGUCUCCCACUUGGGUAGAACAUGGCAGGGAGAGGCCUGUGGCCAAUUGGUGCCUCAGUGUUGGUGGGAGUCUGUACCCUGGGAGCUUGGGGUGGGCUGUGCAUGUGGGCAGUGAACCCCGUGGACCUCACCUCUGCAGCACCUCAGAUCGAUCACUCACACUGUUUGCCAAAUGGGGAGAGAGGUUUAAAAAUACCAGGUAUUCUCUGUGGGUAAAGAUGGUAUAGAAAAAGGGAUGGUGAGAUACUCAUUGUUAGGAUUUUUAAAAGCCUGUUGGAGCCAGCAGGGCAGCGCAUGCCUGUCAUUGCAGCUCUCUGGGAGGCUGAAUCGAAAGGACCACAAGUUUGAGCCCAGCCUGGACAACCGGACUCACCAAGACCCUUGCCUCAAGGAUGUGGAGUGGGGCGGGGUAUGUGUGAAGGCUCUGGGUUCAAUCUGCAGCACUAUAAAGAAUUUUUUUUUUAAAA